AUGGCUUGCAGUCGGAGCUCUCUCGAGCUACCGGACCCUGAAUGCCCCAAUACUGAGUCACCGACUGACAUCAAGACUGCUACCAUCAGUAGUAAGUUGACCUUCAGAGGAGCCCGUUCGGCGAGGGAAGAAGCUCAUGAGCCGACCCAAGGUACUCUCUUGGGUACCACCCAAGGCAUGCCCUUGACCUGUCGAUGA